GUGGUCACUGCUGGGGUUUUCGGAACUUUCCAGACAGGAGCCACCCAGGCCCUGGGCCUGCAACUUCACUGCUCGCCUGAGUGACCCCGAAGGCCCGGGAGAGCCUACUCUCACCCGGGCACCGACGCCCCAACUUUUCCCCGCGGACUGCGUCGUUCUCCUAGGUACCCGCUCCGGUGCCAGGGGGCGCGCGGCUUCCCCGGCCAGCAGCGCCCUCAACCUCUGGGCUCGCCCUUCCUGUGGGGCUGCCUGAGCCCGGAUCCCGGGUGCACUUAAACGCUGGGGAUUCGCCCCCGCCCCUGAGCUGACCCCAGCAGAGGGAGUAAGCGCAGGACUCGGGCCCCUCUCCAAACCCCGUGCCGGCGGUGCGCUGCUCGCCAUGGCCGGCUGCUGCUGCCUGUCCGCCGAGGAGAAGGAGUCGCAGCGCAUCAGCGCCGAGAUCGAGCGGCAGCUUCGCCGGGACAGGAAGGACGCGCGCCGGGAGCUCAAGCUGCUGUUGCUGGGAACUGGCGAAAGUGGCAAGAGCACGUUCAUCAAGCAAAUGAGGAUCAUCCACGGGUCUGGGUACAACGACGAAGACAGAAGGGGCUUCACGAAGCUGGUCUACCAAAACAUAUUCACUGCCGUGCAAGCCAUGAUCAGAGCGAUGGACACCCUGAGGAUCCAGUAUGCGUGCGAGCGGAAUGAGGAAAAUGCCCAGAUAAUCAGAGAAGUGGAAGUUGACAAGGUCUCCAUGCUCUCCAGGGACCAGGUGGAGGCCAUCAAGCAGCUCUGGCAGGAUCCAGGAGUCCAGGAGUGUUAUGACAGGAGGAGGGAGUAUCAGCUGUCAGAUUCUGCCAAAUAUUACCUGACUGACAUUGACCGGAUUGCCAUGCCAUCAUUUGUGCCCACACAGCAAGAUGUGCUUCGUGUCCGAGUGCCCACCACUGGAAUCAUUGAGUACCCGUUUAACCUGGAGGACAUCAUCUUUCGGAUGGUGGAUGUUGGUGGCCAGCGAUCUGAACGACGGAAAUGGAUUCAUUGCUUUGAGAGUGUCACCUCCAUAAUUUUCUUGGUUGCUCUGAGUGAAUAUGACCAGGUCCUGGCUGAGUGUGACAAUGAGAAUCGCAUGGAAGAGAGCAAAGCCCUGUUUAAAACCAUCAUCACCUACCCCUGGUUUCUGAACUCAUCUGUGAUUUUGUUCUUAAAUAAGAAGGAUCUUUUGGAAGAAAAAAUCAUGUACUCUCAUCUAAUUAGCUAUUUUCCAGAAUACAAAGGACCAAAGCAGGAUGUCAAAGCUGCCAGAGACUUUAUCUUGAAACUUUAUCAAGACCAGAAUCCUGACAAAGAGAAAGUCAUCUAUUCCCACUUUACGUGUGCUACAGAUACGGAGAAUAUCCGUUUUGUGUUUGCUGCUGUCAAAGACACAAUUCUACAGCUAAAUCUAAGGGAAUUCAACUUAGUUUAAAAGCUGCUGCCCUCUCCUCCCCAUAACAGAAGACAUGAUGAUCAAGCUGCUUGUUUCAUUUGCAAGUGCUUCAGACUUACCCGACCAAGGACCUGUGCCAGGCACCAUGGACAUCAUGCAGACCACUAGGACAGAGAGGGGUAAUGGAACUUGGAAGAUGUUAGUUUACAAAACCUUUUAAGUCUUAAUUCCCAAGUUGGUUUUAUAGUUUUUUUCUUGUCUCUUGGCUGUAAGAUUGUGUUUUUAAAAUUUGAUAUUUCACAGAAUUUUCAAUUCUACCAUGAUUUAUGUUUAAAAAGUUAAGCGAUAGCCAUUGAAAAUCACUUAAUAGAGGGGUCUGCUAAUUUAUUGAUGCCUUCAGACCUCUAGGAUUCAUUUUUAAAAGAUGUUAAUGGAGUCGACACAUUAAAUCUUGUUAAUUUAGAUACAUUCCUAAUUUCUAAUAUUUUUCUCUCUUCCUGCUGAAGUAUGGCUCCUUUAACAUGCCACUGUUUUUUUUUUAAUAGUUGGCUCAUUUUAUAUGUCAAUUUCCUAGGCCGAAUUAUUGAAUAUACUGGGCUCAGUACAUUUAGUUUUGCCACAAUUUGGCUACUGUGAAGCCAAAGUUGACAUAUGGUAAAUGUGCUUUAGAUAGCAUUUAUGGUAUACUGGUGAAAACAUGUGUCCUAAUGCAUGUGGCUAUGUCUUAUAAACUUACAAAAUGGCUAAAAGUGAAAAAUUGUUUAGCAAAUGUUAUGUAACCACUGCCAAAGAUCUGAUGGUCACCACAGAUAUGCUAUGUUUGAACUAUGUAUGCUAUACCUUUCUCAGAAGACUAAGAAUUUUACCAUUCUGCUACCAGCACUGAUUAUGUUGUUUCUUAGAGCACAGGGUUGAUGGUUCUUCUCUAAAAGAGAAAAGUGCUGUAGACUUAAUAGUAAUCCAGAAACUUUCCAAAGUCUUCUUUUGAAAUAAGUCUGUAUUCAUCAUAUUAUGUUGGAGUUCCCUUAGCAACUGGCUAAAGCAGGUGUUUCCGAUUGUUAUGUGAAGGUGCACACACAAGCACAACAUGUAGGGAUUUAAGGUAUGCCAUAUCUAUCCUAGACCGGGGGCCCCUAAUCCCUGGACUACAGACUGGUACUGGUACAUGGCAUGUUAGGAAUGGGCUGCACAGGAGGUGAGCAGUGAGAGAAGCUCCAUCUGUAUUCACAGUUCCUCUCACCACUCCAUCACCACCUGACUGACUCUGCCUCCUGUCAUCAUUACAGCCUCACAGGAGCCUGAACCACACUGUGAACUGCGCAUGGGAGGGAUCUAGGUUGCGUGAUCUUUAUGAGAAUCGAAAGUAAUAGAAAUAAAAUGCACAAUAAAGGUAAUACACUUGAAUCAUCCCAAAACCAUUCCCAUUCCCUGCCUGUGGAAAAAUUGUCUUCCAUGAAACCAGUCCCUGGCAGCAAAAAAGUCAGGGACUGCUGGUCUAGACAGUCUCCAAAUUAAAAAUGGCUUGACUGCAUGACUGUGUAAAAGUGAUACACAUUCAGCUGAAAUCAUACCUUGAAUUUGGAUCUUUUCUCAGGCUAACAAUAGUGUCUGUCUGACACUGUCCAAUGAUGAUGGGGUGCAGCUGAAACCAACAUCUUCUGGUCAGUCAUGUGCUCUUCAUGGGAAAUAAUCCUUAUUCCACAGUGCACUGUGUUGCUAAGAUUCUACAGGUUAGGUGCAUAUAUUUUCAAUUUACCAUGAGUUUAUGAGGUUGAGAAGCAUCUAUACAAAAUGUAUCCUGACUACAUUCAUUAUACAACAGUAUUCUUCCAGCUGUCUUAAACCUUCCUUUCAGCCAGUAAUUGGACUGUCAAGUUCUCAUUCUUUUGGAACAGUUCUUAGUGUAAAGCCAUUAAAGAAGAGUAUCAAUGCCAGAAAAGAUUUAAAUUCUUCUACAAUAAUAUUAAAUCUUAAAAAUAAAUCCUUAUUCUAGAUGAAGAACUUGACAAACUGAUGUUAAAGUUUAUUUGAAGCAGUGAAGGUCCAGGAAUAGACAGUUCAGCAAAAAAGAACAGAGAGAAGGGGCAGUAGCCCUUCAAGAUAUUUAAGAAUAUCAUCAGAUAGACAUCACCGAUUUUUCUCCCUGCCACACAUACUAGGCUAAAGAUUAUGAACUGGGGCUCUCUGACCAAUUAACAUGAAAAGGUUUCAACAGAACCAGCAAUCGAAGAAAUUAAACAAUUGGGAUUAUGUUUUUUAUUUCAAGCAUUUUCUAGCAUCGAGUUGUUAAUUUAUCUGGCUGAUAAAGCAUACAAGAAAAUGAUGGCUUUCAAUAAUUAGUUAUAGGAAGGCUAUGCAAUACGUCAUUUAAAGGGGAGUAAUGAUGAAGUAUUUUCUUAAGCAUGAAAAGACAUGCCUUUCUUCAUAAGAUUUAAGUUAAUCAUUUCUGAUAAUAUUGAUCUUGCUGGGAGAAAUUCUCCCCUUAGCCCUUCUUUCAAAAUAUACUCUUACAACUUACUAAGAAAAUAAGACAUUUGAAAUUGUUGAGACAGACAGUGCUGGAGCUUCAGAGUUCACCAAGUAUCUGCUAAACUUUCAGUCUGCAGUGAUCAUGCUGGGUUGGAAUGCUGUCUGCUUUGACUGAAAAACCAGAACCUUGGUUUCCUGGGGACCUUUAUUUAGGCCCCACAGUGUGCAGAAUUUAGAUAGGCGAGGGAAUACAAUUGAUAUUCUUUCUAGUUCUACCCAGUAGCUAAAAACCAAAGCAGACUGAAGAUCAGAAAGAUUUUUUGGACUCAAUUUAUUUAAAAAGGCAUACAUGGUUAAAGUGAGCUGUCAUCAUGCAAUCCAAAUCUACUGAUACUAAGAAAUUAAGUAUUGUUAGAGAAAAGUCAUUAGUGAAUAUAAACCAAAUUUUUGGGGGGACAGAGACUAAAGUCAGUUUUAAGAGUAAGAACUUCAGAAUGUAAACUUUCGUGUUUAUGCAUGGUCUUACCAAAAUAUACAAGAAGUAAGGCAGAGGCUGUGUAAUAGACAACUGGGCCAAGCUCAUAUACAAGGGACAGGGUAAAGAGAAGUGAAGAAAAUACUGAGGUAAAGCAGAAAUGUUUUAAAGCUUAAUUAUUAAUAACUAAUUUUUACCAAAGAAACAGACUAUUUGGUAAAUAUAAGUUUGCAGGAGAAAGUAUUUUUAAAGUAUACUCUCCCUGAAAACUUCAUUAACUGUAAUACAGUUACAUCAGCAAGACUAUUUUAAAGUCUGUAACAAUCUACCUUACCUUGUAACAAGUCCCAGAUACAAUUUCUAAUAGUUUGUGGGUGGGGGUUUAUAACCAUUGAUCCUGAGAAUAUUUCCAUGUAACCUAUGCUACACUGGAUCUAUGAUGGCAAGACAAGAAAGGUUGAGGUUUUUCAACAUGUUUGAUGUUAGGUACACUUCUAAUUAUUCGGUAUUUCAUUACCAGUCUCAUAGGGUUUCUUGUUACAAGGACUUCACUAGAAGGAACAUGUUAUUAAGAUAUCAGAGCAAUAUGAAAUGGUGUUCAGUGACAGAUUUUAAUUACAGCAGUUUGAUAUAUCACUGUAGAUGUUAAACUAUAAUACAAAUUUAUAUCUGUAUAAAGUAAUACAAAAUUUAAAAAUAUAUCAACCUACAAAAUUUGAAGCUGUGUUUUUUGUGUAGCUCUCUGAGUAACCAAAACUACCAUUUAAAAAAAUGCUCUAAUGCUUUAAAAUACUAGAACUAAUCCAUAAUCCUAAAGUAAAAUAUCUUUUUAAAAUGAUAUGGAGUGAUUUAUUUUACAAAAGAGAAAAUAAAGUAGAAAAAGGUUUCAGUUAAACAUAAAUGAGGUCUGUCAGAGCACAGCAAGGUGUAGCAAGGUGACAGACGGGCUUUUAAGAUACCCCUGAAACAAACCCUUCAGACCCCUGUGGCAGAAAGACAAGUGGGGGAAAAAGUUGCAUUAAUAACUAUACCGGCCAAUAACCGAAAAUAUGGACUACAAUGAUCACAGAAUGUUAACUGAUGCUACUUUCAUUAAGUUAUCAUUACUUCAAAAGUAUUUCUCAAAGGAUUUUUCAGGGGGAUAAAUGGGUUCCUUUUUAGGGUAAAGGAGCUAUUUAUAAUACUGCAUUGCACCAAAAGGAAUCAUACUAAAUUUUAUAUCAAGUCAGCGUAAGGAAUACGAACUCUCUCUUAUUUUCUACUUGAAUCUUAAAUAAGGAAAGCUAUUAUACUUUUAGUCAUAAUGCACUGACAUUUGUAUGGCACCCCCCAGCAUAUGAGUAUUUUAGCCCUACAAGAAUGUACUCUAUACAUCAGCUCUCUGUUCUGAAGGGUCUUUGUCACCUAUAUGGUGAAUCAGCCAGAAGGCUGAGCAAAUUCAACUUAAAUGGCAAAACUUCUGUACCCAAUUCCAGUAAAGUGCUUAAGGUAAGGAGGUUGGAAUAGACUUAGCUAAAUGAUAGCCAAUGGUGUUUUUGGGGUGCCAUUUAUAAAUCUAAUUUUUCUAAUGCUUUUACUGGUGUCACUGAAUCAUAUGAGACUGUUACACAGUAGGAAAGGAAAGAUACACCAGAACAAGAGCUAUCCUAUCUCACUCUAUUGAGAGUGUUCGCAAUCUGAAGGAUUCCUGAGUUGUGGAUUUGGUGCUCCUAUCUAAGGGGCUCCACAUUAUUCAGAUUUCCAACACUCACCGGACUGCUCAUGUCUAUGUGGUUCUUUUAAAUUGUUUGUUUUUUUUUUAAACUACAAUUUACAAUAGAAAAUACAGUAUAUAGCAUAUUUAACAAAAACAUUUUAAGAAACAGUAUUUAACCUUCUCAUACAUCCUACCUAUUGUUCUCUAUUUUCUUUUCCAUUUUAAAACAUGCUGGUCUUGAGGGGUUAACUGAUUUCAUAGCCCACUAAUGGGUUAAGACCUAUCCUUUGAAAAA